AUGUCCUUGACCGCCGAUUCACCAGCGUGCACUGUUCCAGCUGCCGGAGGAACUUCCGUUCACAAACUGGUCAAUGGUGGAGCCGAAAAGAUGAUCUUCAAGAUCAAGUCCUCCAACAACAACGAGUACCGUAUCACACCAGUCUUCGGCUUCGUGGACCCAUCUGGAUCCAAGGAUCUUACUAUCACCCGUACCGCUGGAGCGCCAAAGGAGGACAAGCUGGUCAUUCACUUCGCCGUCGCCCCAGCUGACGCCACUGAUGCUCAGGCUGCGUUCGCUGCUGUCACUCCAGCUGGAACCGUCACCAUCCCAAUGUCUGCAACCGCAUAA